AUGCUGGGGGAAGCUGUAAGGAAUGGGCGCAUUGCUCCGUUGCUGGUUGGGAGAGAUCAUAUUGAAUUGUCUCAUCUACAAUUCGCAGAUGAUACUAUCUUGUUUUGCCCUCCGGAGACAGAAACAAUUGCGAACUAUAAGAGGCUGCUGCGCUGUUUUGAGUUGAUGUCUGGGUUGAGCAUCAAUUUUGAUAAGUCGAAUUUAAUUCCAGUCAAUUGUGAGCAGGAGUGGGUGGAGCAUGUGUGUGGUAUGCUGGGGUGUAAACAAGCGGCGCUACCUAUUAGAUACCUCGGUAUCCCUUUAGGAGCAAAUCCUCGAUUGGUAAAGACUUGGAAGCCGAUUAUAGACAAGGUGAAAGAGAAGCUCAGCUUGUGGAAAGCAAAGGUUUUAAACAAAGCAGGUAAACUAGUUCUUAUUAAGUCGGUCUUGAAUAGCUUGCCGGUUUACUACCUCAGUCUAUACAAGAUGCCAAAGGCGGUUGCUAACAAGCUCAUUGCACUUCAAAGAAGUUUUUUGUGGAGUAAGGAGGAUGGUAAUUAUGAUAUGCCACUAGUGAAGUGGGAAGUGGUCCAAGCCCCAAAAAAGGCUGGAGGAUUGGGGGUAGGAGAUGCAGUAAUCAGGAACACAGUGCUCUUGUUCAAAUGA